AUGGGCAACAUCUUUGUGGUGAGCCUGGCCGUGGCCGACCUGGUGGUGGCCAUCUACCCCUACCCUCUGGUCCUCACCUCCAUCUUCCACAAAGGCUGGAACCUGGGCUAUGUCCAUUGCCAGAUCAGCGGUUUUCUCAUGGGCGUCAGCGUCAUCGGCUCCAUCUUCAACAUCACCGGCAUUGCCAUCAACCGCUACUGUUAUAUAUGUCACAGCCUUAAGUACGACAAGCUGUACAGCGACAAGAACUCAGUGUGUUACGUCCUACUCAUCUGGGCGUUGACCAUUGUGGCCAUCGUGCCGAAUCUCUUUGUGGGUUCGUUGCAGUAUGACCCCAGGGUGUAUUCGUGUACGUUCGAGCAGUCGGCGAGUUCGGCGUACACCAUCGCUGUGGUCUUCUUCCACUUCAUCCUACCGAUCAUGAUCGUCACCUACUGCUACCUGAGGAUCUGGAUCCUGGUCAUUCAGGUUAGGCGACAGGUCAAACCGGACAACAAACCGAAACUGACGCCAAAUGACGUGAGGAAUUUCGUGACUAUGUUUGUGGUGUUUGUGCUGUUCGCCGUGUGCUGGGCGCCACUUAACUUCAUCGGGCUGGCGGUGGCCAUCAACCCCGAGGUGGUGGUGCCUCUCAUCCCCGAGUGGCUCUUCGUAGCGAGCUACUUCAUGGCCUACUUCAACAGCUGCCUUAAUGCCAUCGUGUACGGGUUGCUCAACCAGAACUUCCGGCGCGAGUACAAGCGCAUCGUGGUGUCAGUGUGCACGGCGCAAAUCUUCUUCCACGGCAGCUCCAACGACGUGGCCGAGCGGCUCAAGAGCAAGCCGUCGCCGCUCAUCACCAACAACAACCAGGUCAAGGUGGAGUCGGUGUGAGAGGACCAGCUGGUCCCAGUGCGCUCCCUACACCUCCCCCAUGGCGCAAACCCUUCGAUGUCUAUACAUCUAUAAGGUGGAAGGAAGCAAUAUGGCGGAAGCUCAAGCUUCACCAUUUCGCUCCUUGUACCUAUCCAGUACACUGCAGAUCUACAAACAUCGGAGGGGUUAAGGAGCCCAGGGGAAGGGGUAGGGAGCGAUUUGGGACCGGGUGAUACUAACACACACACAAAGGGGGAGGGGGAAGUAAGGGAACUAAUGUGACAUAAAAGAGUAACAUUUGUUUAAAAAAUACAAGUGAACGGAGAACAAUUACCAAAUACAAAAACAAAACAGCUUCCACUUUCUGAACCGUCCGUGAUCUGUGCUAUCUUCACCUCUAUAAAAUCAAAGC